UGGACUUUGCGCAGGAGGGGGAAAGCCUGACAUUCCUGAAAAUGGCAGCUGAGACAUCCACAGAAGUUCCAAAAACUGCUAGACAAUUCGUCCUUAAAGAAGAGGUAAUUGUAGAAAGAAAAUGGUUGAAGCUUGAAGAAACAACUUACACUGAUCCCUUUGGUAAAACCAGAACUUGGGAAACUGUAAAACGUACUGGCAACAAAAAGGGGGUUUCAGCUGAUGGUGUAGCAGUGAUCGCGGUACUACAGAGAACUCUCCACUAUGACUGCAUCGUCCUAGUGAAACAGUUCAGGCCUCCAAUUAACAGCUAUUGCUUGGAAUUUCCUGCAGGCCUCAUUGAGGAAAAUGAGACUGCAGAAAGCGCCGCACUGCGAGAGCUGGAGGAAGAAACUGGGUACAAGGGGGAAGUUGUGGAAUGUACUCCAGCUCUCUGCUUGGACCCAGGUUUGUCAAACAGCACAACACACAUCGUGAGCGUCACCAUUAACGGAGAUGAGGCCGAGAAUACAAGACCUAAGCAAAAACUCGAUGACGGAGAAUUUGUGGAAGUUAUUUCACUUCCAAAGAAUGACCUACUGCAAAGAAUCGAUGAACUCAUAGCAGAAGAACACAUUGCAGUGGACGCCAGGGUUUAUACUUACGCCCUGGCCCUGAAGCGUGCAGCAGAGAAACCGCUCCAAGUUCCUUUUAUGAAGUUCUAAAACUAGAUGAUGAGAAAUCUAGUGGAAAACUGCCCUGUUCGGAUGGCUUAGAUGUCUAGCUCUUGUUGCAAUAAGGGGCCUUUGUUUACUUGUAGAGCAAAAACAAAGCAUUUGUAGGUAUGAUUCUGAUGUUUUUAUCUGGAAUUAUGUAACUGACAGAAAGCAUUUCUUCUAACUGCUCAGUCUAUCAAGCCUUGACAGAAUAAUCGCAAUAAAAACACUGCUGAUUUUCA